AUGAUCUUCUCCAAUCCGUUAGCGGGCGCGACGUUGGUGUUCCUCCUCGCUGCCGAAACGGGCGCUGCUGCCGUGCCGCUGCAGGAGCGUGCGGGUGCUGGAUGUGGGAUUGUCCGCGACUUUAAGGGAGAUACGCAUACGGGGAAGACGAUUGAGAGUGGUGGACUCCAGCGAGUUUAUGAUGUUUAUCUGCCGCCGAAUUAUGACGAGAACAUGCCAACUCCCCUAAUCAUCUCCUACCACGGCGCCAACGGCAAUUCAGCCAAGCAACGCGCCCUCGACCGCUUCGACGACCACACCUGGAACCCCGACCACAUCGUCGUCUGGCCCAAUGGCUAUAAUGGCUUCUGGGAAGGCCCCACCUACGCCCCCCCCGGCGUCUCGGACAAGAAAUUCACCAGCGACCUAAUCGCCCACCUCCGGACCGCCUUCUGCAUCGACGAUGCCCGCAUCUACGCUGCGGGUAAGUCCAACGGUGGGGGUUUCACGGGGACGCUGGCUUGCUCCCCGGAUCAUGGGGCGAAUUUCGCGGCGGUGGCGGCGUGCGCGGGAGCCUUUUAUACGGAUGUUGUGCAGGAUCCUAACAAUAGCUGUCAUCCUUCGAGGUCGCCGUUUCCGAUUUUGGAGUUCCAUGGGUCGGUUGAUGGGACUAUCCCCUACCUCCCUACCAAAAAUGGUAGUGGUGGUCCCCUCCCCAAGAUCCCGGACUGGCUCUCCACAUGGGGCCAGCGCAAUGGGUGUGCAGCGAACUACAAGCCGACCGUAUCGCAGUUGAAUGGCGAUAAGACGGUACAGAAGACGCUUUAUACGUGUAACGGCACCAACGUGGUGACUGGGUACCUUAUUGAUGGAAUGGAUCAUAGUUGGCCGUCGACGACGAGGAAUAGUGAUCAAGAUAGUCAUGGGGAUAAGCCGGUGAGCAUUAAUGCUUCGCCGAUGAUUUUGGAUUUUUUUAGGGGGAUUAAGAAACCUUGA